GGCGGGCGCUGUCCAUGGCCCUGCGGAGCUCCGGGCGGCCCCGGGCUCCGCCGCGCCGCCGAGCGAGCGAGCGAUGGGCAACACGGUGCACAAGACGCUGGCAGACACGAGCCACCAGACCCGCUCGGUGUCCAGCCGGCCCUACUACAGCUUGCCCAACAGCAGCCAUGAGAGACGCUCGGUGCUGGCCGUGGCGGAGCCGCCGCGCUUCCACUCGCAGGCCAAGGGCAAGAACGUGCGGCUGGACGCGCACUCGCGCAGGGCCACGCGCAGGAACAGCUUCUGCAACGGCGUCACCUUCACCAACCGGCCCAUCCACCUCUACGAGAAGGUGCGCCUCAAGCUGGUGGCCGUGCACCACGGCUGGAGCGGGGCCCUGCGCUUCGGCUUCACCAUCCACGACCCCUCGCAGAUGAGCUCCGAGGAGAUACCAAAGUAUGCCUGCCCCGACCUCGUCACCCGCCCCGGCUACUGGGCCAAGGCGCUGCCGGAGAGGUUUGCGGUCAGGGACAAUAUCUUGGCCUUCUGGGUGGACCGGCACGGCAGAGUCUUCUACAGUAUUAAUGAUGAGGAGCCAAUCUUGUUUCACUGUGGUAUUAAAGUUUCCGGGCCUCUUUGGGCCCUCAUAGACGUCUAUGGAAUUACCCACGAAGUGCAAAUUCUAGACAGCAUGUUUGCAGAGACCAUGACCACUGCCCGGCUCAGCACCGCCCGGCUCAGCACCUGCCUUCCCCAGAGCAACCACGACUCGGCCAACUUCAACAACAACGAGCUCGAGAACAACCAAGUGGUGGCCAAAAUUGCAAACCUGAACCUGAGCCGGGUGCCGGGGCUUGGGACUGACAACCACAUCAUCCCCUGCUGCCCCGGCCGGCGGCAGCACGCCCAGGGAGUGCCGGCGUUCCUGGACACCGACCUGCGGUUCCACCCCACCCGCGGCCCCGACAUCACCUUUUCCCAGGACAGGAUGGUGGCCUGCACCAACUGGCAGGAGAGCAACAGGACUUUGGUGUUUUCUGACCGGCCUUUGCACAUCGGGGAGAGCCUCUUUGUGGAAGUAGGACACCUGGGGCUGCCGUACUACGGGGCCCUCUCGUUCGGCAUCACCUCGUGUGAUCCGAGCACUUUGCGGACAAACGAGCUCCCGGCGGAUCCGGACUUCCUCCUGGACCGUAAGGAGUACUGGGUGGUGUACCGGGCCUUCCCGGUCCUCAACAGUGGCGACAUCCUCAGCUUCAUGGUCCUGCCCAACGGAGAGGUGCACCACGGGGUCAACGGGGCCAGCCGGGGGAUGCUCAUGUGCGUGGACACCUCACAGUCCCUCUGGGUGUUUUUUACCAUCCACGGCGUGAUCAACCAGCUCAAAAUCCUGGGCACGGUGCAGUCCAGCCCAGGGACGGUGUCUCCCUCAGGAUCCCCCGGUGGCUCCCAGUACGACAGCGACUCGGACGUGGCCUUCAGCGUCAACAGGUCCUCAUCAGCCUCCGAGUCCUCGCUGGUGACCGCCCCCAGCUCCCCUUUGAGCCCCCCCAUCUCUCCUGUCUUCUCCCCUCCGGAGCCAUCGGGCAGCAAGAACGGGGAGUGCACGGUGUGCUUUGACAGCGAGGUGGACACGGUGAUCUACACCUGCGGACACAUGUGCCUCUGCAACACCUGUGGUCUUAAGCUGAAGAAGCAGCUCAACGCCUGCUGCCCCAUUUGCAGACGGGUCAUCAAAGAUGUGAUUAAAAUCUACCGCCCGUAGCGGGCUGCAGGAAGGGGGAACGCCGCUAGCAACCCUCGCCUUUCCGUUCCUGCUUCUGGGUUAUCGUGCUGGUCAGUCGUAAUCAAGUGGCUCGUUAUCUGUGUUUCCUUAUUUGACUGCUAGGGCACAAUUCAGGGAGCAAAGCUGAGCAUCGUCUGGGGCCUGGCCAGGACCCCAGCCUGCUGCAAAUGAGAAAUUUUCCCGUGCAAAGGCUCUUUUUUCCCUCCUCCCGCUGCGGGGGAGGCUCGCCGUGCUGCGGGUCGGGGUGGGGACGUUGCCACUUGGGCAGUGCCAGGUGCCACUGGGCUUCCUGACCCUAAAACCCGACAGCUCUGAGCUGCUGCCAGGGGUUUGUGCUGUGAUGGGGCAAAACUGGGACGAGGCCCAGCGGGAGGGUUCCAAGUGGACAGAAUCGAUCUGGAAAUGUCAUGUAAGGAGAACCAGCUCAGGCCAAAUAGUGGCACAGCCAGAUUGUCACUUGUUGGGGUUCCGACCCCAUCAACAGGCCCGUGGGGACAUGGAGGAGCUGGUCUGGGCUUAGAUAAAGCAGAUUUUUCUUUCUGUGGCACAACAGGGUGUUCUGGCCAUGGAGGCUGAGAGCCAGGGAGCUGCCCUGGGGUAGCAGUGAGGAGCACGAGCCCAGGCAGAGCCCAGGCAGCCCACGAGGGGCACCUCGGGCACUGCCCUGCUGCCUUCUGAAGCCAUAAACUGCAGCCUGUGGAUGGCAGGGGCGUUUGGAUGGGCACACUGCACUUGGCACUGCAGUGAUGGGCUUUGUCACCUGCAGGCACAUUUUGCUCUGCCCUCCUGGCAGGUGGCACAGCUGCCCUGUCACCCUGUCCUGACUGUCCCCUGUGCCAGACCUUCCCCUGCAGCCGGUGCCAUGGCAGGGCUCAGCCUUCCUCCCGCCCUGCCACGGGGAUUUUUUGGAGGCUUUGGUGAGGAAUUCAUUUCUGACCCAGUCCCAUCAGGCUCACCUUUAUUUCUGGGGACUGUAUAUGCUGAUUUUACCUGGUCUUUCUCCAGCCUUUGCGGAUUUCCCAGCACAGCUCCCAGCUGCCUGCACGCUGGGUCUCAAUUGUACCUGAGACCUUGUUGAGAAAAACAGGGACUGUCUCACUUGGCUUUACUGAGGAGGAGAGAAAAAGCUCUGAGGCCGAGUUAGAUGGUGGGAAUUAAAAGGUAAAUGGGGUUUGGGUGUAAUGUCAGCUGCAGGCAGCACCUGAUUGCUCAGCAGCAGGGCUGGUGUGAGGAGCUCAGCAUCCUCCUCCAGUCUCUGUCCUCUGCCCAUUGCACAGCCCUUAUCCUGUCCUUCAGCCCCAGCCUGGCCAGUUUCCAGCUGCUUCAGGCUCAGAAAUAGGGAAUAAAGAUGGAGAUGGGAGGAUGAGAGGAGCUGUGUCCCUGCAGCUCGCUGACCGUGUGCUACCAAGUGCAUAAGAACAGCUUUUCAGAAAGGUGCAAUUACCACUUUUGAGUCUGGAAAAAGGAGAAAAUUGAAUAACUCCUGCACAUUUCAGGGCUUCUGGGCACAAAGGGGGCCAGAGGGAUGUCUGGCUGUUCCCUCUCUCCUCCGAAGCUGUAGGUGUGUGGUGCUGCUGUGCCAGGAGAGCUGAAUUUGGCUGCUGGUCUGUGCCAGCCCUGUGCCAGCCCUGUCCCACGCUGCCAUCGAGGAGGGCACAGCCAGGGAGCAGCUCAUCCUCCUCCUGCAGUGGGCUGUGCUCACAGGACACCCAAACCUUUUGUUUUUUUCCUUGGAGAGCUGAUGAACAUUUUACUUGUGUGCAUCAAGGAGAGGCAGCUGUGACCUCUCAGCCAUGGCCCUGCACGAGGGCCCAACAGCUUUGCAGAGCCCUUUUUGGAGACCUUUUUGGUGCCACCAGCUGUGCCACCACCCUCAGCAGAGCCACUGCACCUUUCACUGCCACCUUUCCCCGAGGAGGAGCCAGGGCACAUUCCCUGCUUCUGGAGCUUUUCUGGAGCU